AUGCAUCAACAAUACGGCGACACCCAUAACGUGGCUAUCACCACAAAGACUAAAAAGACUCGAAAGGCACGUGUGGAACCAAUCCCGAAAACAAAGGAUAGGAUCCAAACACGAGCUUCAACGAUGGCAGACGUACUUCAAGAACAAAAUAGCACGAGAUAUGCAACGCACUAUUCGAUGGCAGACGAUCAAAGCUUGCUUAAUGCUAAUCAAGUUUUAUAUCCAAAUAUGAGCCAUGUUCCGACUACAAUACCAUACUCGAUGCCACAACAAAUGACCCAGCCUCCUACGAAUUCUACUACCGAACAGCCUAUGGUGUCAAGGUACAACACUAGAAGGGCAGUACAUAAUUUACCUAUAGUCUCAGAGCCUAGUAUGAGUAGAUAUUACAAUACUCCAAGACCACCAAUUUCACGACAAAGUCAGCGCGCGCAACAGAUGAACACGCCGGUACCUGUUGAAUAUCCAUCAACAAAACAAACAAAAGAACAAAGUGCACAGACAGAUUUAAAUAUCACUGAGGAUGAACAUAAAAUGCUGAAAUUGCUCCGAUCUAAGCGAAUCAUUGAACUAUCACAGUUAAAAGUCAUUAUGGAAAGAAGUAAAAGAUAUGAUCAGAAACCUCUAGAGAAGAUUAAGGAAGACGAACCAGAAGAAGAAACGAUGAUAGCAAAAGAAACUUACAAUCAGAUUAUAGAAUACAGUAAUUUUAGUAAAUGUAAAAUGUUGAACUACAUGAGUUAUUAUGUUAAAUUGCAAGAGAAAACUGCUAUUGCUACGCAGCAACAAACCCAAGCUAUACAGUAUCAGGCCAUGUUCAAUCAAGUCAUGGCCAACCAACUCUUACCACAGGGCCUCUUACAAAGUAACCAACAACAGCCAAUAGAUACACCUAACAUACCGCAGUGGUAUCCAGAACAAAAGCAUCAGGAGAACAUGAGUCCUAAUGAUGAAUUUGUCAAUACUCGAACACCGAACCAACAGCAGGUCCCAGAUGCACCGCUGCUUAAUGAUGGUUUACAGAUCCAGACUCUUAUCGGCCAUAGACCUACUCCACCUCACCGAGUCCCAUAUAUUUCACCACACAUUCUGCAAGCCGCUGCGUUAUGUCUCAAUAAUAAUUACAAUCGCUACGGAAUGUCAGAGUAUUUUCAAAAUCGUCCCUCAAAACAACCUCCAUGGGGGGCCUAA